AUGAACGGACCGGAUUUCGAAGACCUUGUUCACGAGUAUGGUCUCGACGACAUGGACUACAGUGACCAUAGAGAUGACUCAGGGAUCGCUUUCCUGCUGAAUCCGGUACGUAGCGAUUUGGAGAGUAUCGACGAUCUCAUAGAAGAAUACGAGAACUCGUCCCCAUCUCCGCCGGAGCGUCGUAGCGCCAUAGGCGGUAGACGUCCUGUCACCUACCGCCCACCGUUCGCACGACACCCUGGCCCUGGGCUUGCCACGGCCUACGACGAAUUCGAAGACGUCGAGGAGCCGUACCAAACACACCAACUUCAGACGCAAUAUCAGCUCAAUCUACCCUCACGCUCGUCCGCUUACCGCUCCCCGAAUUUCGACCGGCGUCCAGGUGGUACGAACUCCAGUUGUGAAUUGACAGGAGACACCGUUCAAUUCGGCAAGAGUGCCUGGGGCAAUGCCCGAGAUGCCUCAAUCAUCAUUACAACGGGCGAGAAGUGGGAUAGCCUGACGCGCAACUGGCGUGACCAUGGCCAAAUUCUCUCACAGAUUCAGCUCUUUCUCGUAGAUGAAGUGCAUAUUCUCAAUGAGUCUCGUGGGAGUACAAUGGAAGUGAUCCUCUCACGUAUGAAGACUCGUGGAUCCGCUGUCCGCUUUGUAGUCGUUUCCGCAACUGUCCCGAAUAUCGAAGACGUAGCGAGUUGGAUAGGGAAUGGUACACCUGAGGGUUCUGCAACUGUCAUGCAGUUCGGUGAAGAGUUUCGUCCCUGCAAGCUGUCGAAGUUUGUUUACGGUAUACACCGCAAAAAAGAUCAGAACGACUUCGUCUUUCAGAAAACUCUAGAUUUUCGUUUAUACAGUAUCUUGCAACAACAUUCGGCCGACAAGCCAACGCUAGUGUUUUGUUCAACUCGAGUGGUCGGAUCGGCUGAGCAUAUAUUGAAAGAAUACGAAGACGCGGUUCAGAAGAAGGCGCCCUUACCUUGGACCCAUCUAUCGAGAAUCGAACACACUUUUCAAGAUAAACGCUUGGAGAAAUUAGCUGCCCGUGGGAUCGGUGUGCAUCACGCAGGAAUGAGCAUGGAGGAUCGAAGAACAACGGAGGAUAUGUUCUUGAAGAAGAUCCUUCAAGUUCUUUUCGCGACAUCUACUCUAGCUGUUGGGGUGAACUUGCCUGCCCACACUGUUAUUAUCAAAGGCGUCAAGAUAUUCCAGAACAAUUCCUCGCAGGAGUAUUCAGAUCUCGAUAUAAUGCAGAUGAUGGGCCGUGCUGGUCGGCCGCAAUUUGAUAAGGAAGGGAUCGCUAUAAUUUUAUGCGAAACCGAAUUGGAAGCGAAGUACAAUGCGCUGGUUCAAGGCCACAGUUUGUUAGAGAGUUGUCUCCAUCUCAAUUUGUCGGAGCACCUCAACUCAGAAAUCGGCCUUGGGACAAUCACUGACUUAGACAGCGCAAAGGAGUGGCUGCGUAACUCAUUCUUGUAUCAACGAAUUCGAAAGAACCCUAAGCAUUAUGCGAUUGGCAAAGAGGGUAGUCAAACAUGGCAAGAGCGAAUUGAUGGGAUGGUAACGGAAAGUAUAACAAAUCUACGAGAAAGUGAAUUGGUUGUAUGCUCCGAUGGUGAUGAAGAUCGGGGCCAGCUGUGUUCCACCGAUUAUGGCGAUAUCAUGAGCAAAUUUUACGUGAAACAAUGGACUAUGAAUUCAAUCCUUCAGUUGUCUGACCGCGCGUCCAUGAGGGAUAUACUGGAAACGAUUUCAAACGCCGAGGAAUUCUCCGACAUCAAGAUCCGUAGUGGAGAGAAACAGGUUUACAACAAAAUGCGCGCGCACAAUGACAUCCGUUUCCAGAUCAAGAAGGUCGAAAAGCCUUCUGACAAGAUCUUCUUAUUGAUUCAGGCCGUUCUUGGAUGCAUAAGUCUAUCUGAUCCCGAUUACAAGAAAGGAGACAACAACCCUACAAUGGAAGGCUUUUCCGUUUUUCGUCAUGUCGUCCGCAUUGCAAAAGGUAGAGUGCGACGACUACUCAUUAUUUCCUCUCUGACCGAUGUGCUUCAAGUUGUCGCAGAGGUAGCUAUCGUCAAAAGGGCAGGUGCUCUACUGAAGCAUAGCCUCGAAGUUAUUCGCUGUCUGAGCGCGAAGGCAUGGGAAGAUCGGCAUACCGUGUUGCGACAGGUGGAGCACAUCGGUGAAAAAUCGCUCAAAGUCUUGGCGGAAUACGGUAUCACCACACUGUCCACACUGAGAAUCCAGGAACCACUACGGCUCGAGGCACUUCUCAAUCGCCGCCCUCCGUUUGGUCAUGAAGUCCUCGCUGCUGUUCAACAGCUUCCUGAAUACACACUGAAUAUAAAUGAGAUCGAAGUGACAACUCAUGGAGGAAAGAAAGCUGUUGAAGUAGAACUGCUGAUUGAAUGUGGACUAAUAACUGACGGCACACCCGGUCCGAAGAUGAAGAAAGCUAAAAACAAAUUUACAGAUAUGACCACAGUGCUCACCCUGACUUCUGAUCUGGACUUCAUUGAUUUUCGCCGUAUCCCAACAAAGGCUCUGAAAGAAACCAAGACAUUUACGUUGAACGUUGAGCUGAGGAAGCCUAGCCAAUCCAUUGUCACUUAUAUUUCUUCGGAGAGCAUCGCUGGCGUAACGGUCUCCCAGAGUUACAAGACGAAUAUCGCCGCGAAGCAAUUUCCCCCCGUAAAUACCCGCCCCCACAACUCAGUGGGUCUGCUACUGGAGGGGCUCGAUGACGUUCCGGACUUUUGGAACAUGGAUCCGGAUGACGAUGAUCGAGCCAAUACGCAUCCUAUGAACUCCCAGAAUUACUCGGCUGUCGGAAUGCAAAAGGGUGCUGAAAUUCCUAAUUCCUCUGUAACGCAGACGAAGAUCCGUGUCGGGAAUGAUACAUCUAAAGUGCAACUGGGCUUCAAAAUGUUAUCUAAUGGAAAUUAUGAGUGA